AUGAACAUGGGUUGUGAUAUUGGUAUAAUGGGUUUGGGUAUAAUGGGUAGAGGAUUCUCUUUGAAUGCCGCAAGGAACGGCUAUAAAGUCUCAGUUUGGACACUUAGCGAGUCAUGCACUGAUUCUAUGUUUAAAACAUCUGAAUUUGCCUCUAACAUCACAAUUCAUCUUGAUAUAGGGGAAUUUGUUCAGUCAUUAUCGCUACCUCGAAAAAUAUUGAUUUUGAUACCGUCCGGUAAAGCUAUGGAUGACCUAUUAUCUAUGUUGAAACCUAAACUUAGUUACGGAGAUAUAAUUAUUGAUGGAGGAAACGAGUAUUAUCAAAACGCUGAAAAAAGGAUGACGGAUUUACGUUCAUUAGGGGUCAUUUAUUUAUCAAUGGGCAUAAGUGGAGGAGGGGAAGGCGCAUUAAACGGCGCUUGUCUAAUGCCAAGUGGCGACAAAGAUGGCUAUACAGCCAUCAUCGAUAUUUUUUCCAAAUUAUCUGCUAAAAAUAAUGGUAACCCUUGUAUUGCAUAUGUUGGAUCUGGCAGUAGUGGACACUAUGUUAAAAUGAUUCAUAAUGGGAUAGAAUAUGCUGUAAUGGAGAUUAUAAGCGAAAUAUAUGAACUAUUUAAACGGGUGGGAAAGUUGAAUAAUGACCAAAUAGCAAGGAAAUUAAGCGAUUGGAAUCAGAAAACUAUUGCAGGGUCCUAUCUACUCGAAAUUACGUCUAAGAUACUUAUGUGCAAAGACACUUUUACUGAUAAUUAUCUAGUGGAUUCGGUGCUAGAUGUAGCUAAUUCAAAGGGCACCGGCUUGAUUUGUGUAAAAGAAUCGUUUGACUUGGCUGUUCCUUGUCCUACAAUCGCAGCCGCCGUAUCCAUUCGUAACAUAAGUUUGCUUCGGGAUCUUAGAUAUAAAUUGUUCAUCGCAUUUUCCGAAAUUUCCUCUGAAUAUUCUUCAAUUGACAUGAAUGCUAAAAAUUUUGAAGAGAUUCUAUUAUCUGCUUUAAUCUGUUCAAAAAUAUGCGCCUUUGCCCAGGGAUUCAUGUUGAUGGACGUAGCCGAUAAGUCUUACGGAUGGCAAAUAGACCAUUCACUGAUCACCAACAUCUGGAAAGGUGGUUGCAUAAUUCGAUCUAAACUACUAGAUAUAAUAGCCAAAGCACUUAAAUCGCAUCAGCAAUCAUUGCUCAUGGAUGAGAACAUUGUUGAGAUUAUGCUACAAAAUUUGAGCAGAUGGAAAGAGGCCGUAAGGAUUGCCCAUAAGUACAACAUUUCUGCCCACGCAAUCUCAUCAAGUUUGGAUUAUUUUCUUUCAUUCAAAUGUGACAAGAUGCCUACGAACUUGAUACAGGCGCAGAGGGAUUAUUUUGGGGCCCACGGAUUUCAGAGAUUGGAUAGGAGCGGCAAUUUUCACUCAGAAUGGACGAGUGAAACGAAUUGA